CGGCGCGGUUUGCAGCUGCGGGAUGGAGCUGCCGGCCCCUCGGCUCUUCCUCUGGGACACGGGGGUCGUGCUGCGCUUCUCGGCGAUGGGCGACGAGGAAUAAAGCGUUGCUGGAGUGUCUUGGGCUUCUCUGAGGGCUGGAGAGGAGAGGAGGCGAGACUUUGAUCGCGUCUUGCAGAGGGAUCUGCGAAUUUGCGGAGGAAAGGGGUUGUUGUUGGGGGGGGGGGGGGGAAGAAUCCGAUGCUUUAGCAACGCCCGGAGAGGCAGAGUGCUACAUCGUUUUGCUUCGGCCCCAUCAUGGGGACUGGCAUGUGUUCGAGGAGGCAGAAGGGGCUUCUGCAGACCGGCUUUUGCCUGGUGACUGUGGCAUGUUUGGGCUCGGGAGUUUUCAUGUACAACCACUUGCAGCAAAAGGUGCGGAACGCUGAAGCCCUGGCCCAGAAAUACAAACAGCAGCAGGAAGCGCUGUCUGCCCAGCUCCAAGUUGUGUAUGAGCACAGAUCCCGGCUAGAACGAUCCUUGCAGAAGGAGCGAGGGGAACACAAGAAGACGAAGGAAGAUUUUUUAGUGUAUAAGUUAGAAGCUCAGGAAGCUCUCAAUAAGGAGAAGCAAGAUUCUAUGAACAGAUACGGGGCCCUCAGUUCCCAGCACAAGAUACUGAAGAACCAACAUGAAGAUGUCAAGAAGCAGCUGCUUGACCUGCAGCUGCAGCACAACAGCUUGAAACUGGAACAUCGUAAGACACUGGAGACCCAUAGCCAGAAAUAUGCCCAGCUGCAGCAGGAGAAGGACAGUGAAGUCACAAACUUGCAGGAUACAGUCUUUAAACUCAGAGAAGAGAGCAAGCUUCUUCGGAAGGCCCAUCAGGAAGUUCACUCUCAGCUCCUUAAUGCCCAGGCCCAGAUGGAAGAGUUCAGGCAGCUCAAGGAAGCUCUACAGAAGAUGCCAAGUUUCAAAGGAGGAGGAGCUGGGAAGGGGCAGCAGCAGUUUCAGGUGCCGAAGGAGCAGCCCAUGGUGCCAGCCAACAGCCAGUUGCAGCUCAUGAGGCAGAAGGUUUUUCCAGUCAAUCAGGAGAAUCGCCCUGUUGGGAACCCACUGGCAUCACAAGUCUCUGGGGUUCAGAAGCAGGCAGACAGCCCUCUGCUGCAGGGACAGAACUUGUACAGUAACGACGGCCCGAGGCCACAGGCUAAUGUGCUCCUUACCCGUCCAGUCCCACCGCAAGAUGCCAAUUUGCUGCCAGAUGCUAUGCCAGCCUGGCCAGCAAGACGCGAGGAUGGCCAUGUGAUCCGAUUCACCCGGACCAUGAACAGUCUACCAAAUGGGAACCCAGAUCUAAAGAUGGUGAUGCACAUUCAGGUGAAAAGCAAUGAGGAAAGCCAGGCUCCUGGAUUGUCACUGUCUGAUCUGAAACAACCCUCUGCAGCAGAAAAACCUCAGCUGCCAGAAAACCACCACUCUACAGGGAGCAAACAGGUGCAAAUGCAAAGCUGGAAAGACAUAGUUAACAAAGUGAAUGCCCAGAUGGAUGAAGAACAAGUGCACAGUUACCCAAAGAGCCUUCGUUUUGAUCCCAAGCCUGGGCAAGAGAUGCAGAAAGGCAGCCCACAGCCACCCAGUCAGAAGAGAGGGGAAGAGCAUCAAAUAGCUGAUCAGGAAGGCAAGAAGGAAAGGACAGAUGAUGAGGAACUCGAAAUGGAUGCAGGAGUGAUUGAGAGAGAGGAGAAUUUGCAUUCUCAGAAAGAGACUGUUGCCCAGGAACCAAUGAUGCCAGAUGAUGCUGCAGAUCCUGCCCAGGAUCCCAAUAACCAAGGUGAGGAUGAGUUUGAGGAAGCUGAGCUGGAGAGACCUGACUUUGAAGAGAAGGUGGGAGGUUUGGAGAAGUUCAAGGAGCCCAGCGUAAAAGAAGAGUCGAAGGAGAAGCCACUGAAGGAUGCUGGCAGACCUGCCAAGCCCAGGGAAGACCCGAUGGAUGACUAUCAAGAAGAUCAGGAGCAAGAAAUUGUACGACACCAAGGAGGAUCAUGGAGGUGAGGUGGAUGACAAUGAUGACCUGGAACUUGUCCAAGACCAGAAGAACCAUGCAGGCAUACAGAGAGCUGAUGGCAAGAGGGAUGACUACUACUGAAAGAUGCUGAAGGAAAAUGGAAUAUGCUAGGAAUGAGGGGAUGGGAACUCCUCCUGGGAACUGGCUCCUGUAUUAAACACUGCCCAGAACAGACAAAGGCAGGAGGAGAUAACUGUCUCCGCAGGCACUGAGCAGGGUGCUUGCAGAUGUGCAUUACAUCUACAUGUGUGGGGCCAUUGCUGCCUCUCUGGUCAAUAGCAUGGAAGUGCUCUCAGACUGUAGGAAUGAUUUUAUCCUGCUGCUUUUCUUAGAAGCACUUUUUGAUUUAUUGUGUUCUUCACCCUCUUGUUUUCCCUAUCCCCUCCCAAGCUGGAGAGUUUCUUUUUUUUUUUUUUUUAACCCCCUGGGCAGCGGAGGGGUGCCUGAACUUGUCCUUGGACUGACUCGACUGAUUGCUAAUACAAAGGAAUCUGUCUUCAUAAAAUAUUUUGCUCGGUAGUGUUUCUUUAAAACAUCCUUUGCUCCCAUCAGAGUAAGGUGGAGAGGAAGUUAGCCUGCUUUUUGUCUGGAGUAAUGCAAGGGUGAUGGCUAACCAUGACUACCAACAGAAAUGACCAUGUGCCAGCCAGUGUAUGUGUGUGCAUGUGUGUAUAUGAACAACUGGAUCCUCUUCCUUGUGCAGUGAUGCUUCCCAGUGACUCAGAGUAGAACGCUGUAGAGUUCUCCUUUCCUUGGCUUUGAGCUCUGACUGUCCUGCUGGGCUUGGAGCCUCCCCAUCUAAUGCUGUGAAUCUUGUCUUGACAUUGCGGCUGCACCCUGGGUUCCAGGAGAUGUGGGCUGGCCUGAGCUAAGACAGGCUUUUCUGUGAUGGUGGCAGGGACUGCCACCAAGAAACAACUGCAUCCUUGCAGUAACCUCUGCAGGUCACCAGCUGUGGUGAAUGAAGUGCUCCAUGGCACAGCUGCCAGUCCCUCUAAUGGGGUAUUCUUUUUACUUUGUGUAGCGUUUCGGUGGUGUGGAUGCCCUCAAUGGGACGUGAACAGAGUCUGGGAAGGGCCAAACUAUCCACUGCUUAAAGUUCUCAACUGCAAGCAGCAGGACGGGAGCAGACAUUCAUUUCUGUGAUGAGUGUGUUUGCUCAAACCUUACUACUAUUCAUGAUGCAGCUGCAGCAUCCCAGCACAGCUGUCCCUACUCUGCCCUCCUCAGGCUUUUGGCAGAACGUAUCAGAGCAUAUCCCAGCCUGCGUCUGCCUCUCAGACCCGUAACCUCCUCCCUCCCUAUCUUCCUGACAUACACUCAGCUUUUGGCACCUCCCUAGGUGCCCUAGGUUGUUCAGGAUUCCCAAGCAAGCAUGAAAGGCUUGCUAAGGGUGAAAUCUGGUGCACAGGAGGGGAAAAAAAAAGUAAGGAAAAGUAUUUAUGAUGGUAGAUAUGAAGGAAUAUUUGGAGCCCAGCUAAUGCAAUUCCAUCCCGUUCAGCUUCUUUCCAGUCUCCCAACAUUUGACAGGGAACUAAGAUAAAUUUUGCUCUUUCUAGACAGGUCUGGUUUUUAAUCAGCAAGCUGGGUAUUUCUAGUGUUCUGUUGAUUGGUAGAUUGAAAUCUGUGGUGCUUUGCUUAGUCUCCAAAAUGCAUCUUGCCUGACCUCAGAUAGAAAGAAGGAAUGAGUCAGCUGGAGUCCCUGGAAUUUAAAAUGGAGGCAGCAGAAAGGAGAAUGGGCUUAAUCAUGAUAUUGCAAAGCCUGGGAGCUGGUUUAGUCAUGAACAGGGCAGAGCGCUCACAUCUCUUACCUUGUGCAAGACCCAUGCAUCUGAGCUGUCUCCUGCUUCCUUGUCACCAUGUCAGAAGUCCUGGACUCUGGGACCUCACUUGUCAAAUGCAGCUUGUGGUUGAAUGUUGUGACCUGAUAGAAGAUCAGAGGAGAGACCUUUGUUCCCUAUUUGAAUUACUUAAGCUUUUUUGUAAUUUUUUUGUUUUGGGGCAUAUUUUGUAAGCACUUUUAGACACUUGGAAGAACAAUAUUUAUCUCCCAAUAAGCUUGGUCUUUUUCAUUCAGACAGUAUUGAUCUUUUUCUUCCACUGGUUCUAAUGGAGCUUGAAAUUAACAUGUCAUAGGACUUCUUGGUUCUUUGUUUUUGUUCUGCUUGUGUUUCUUACCAGCACAAUCAGCUGUGCAAUUCAAACUGUGGGGUAGAUUGGAGUAGUUAAUGUGGCUGGCGCUCUGCUUGCUUUGUGUGGAAGCAACAAGAACUCUGCUUUUCCAGAUGCUGCCCUUUCUAGAGCUACAGCAUCAGGUCAGCUGGAUGGUACUGCUGUUAUUACAGAGCCCAGUAGAAUCAUGUUGUUAGGACCUCAAAUACCUGAUCUGCUGCUUGCUGAAAUUGGGGAGGAUGUACUUGUGCGGGGAGACCACAAAGAGCCUCAUUGCAACGGUUUCGAACUCUGUGUUCCAAAACCAUGUGAGAAUACAGAACUCCUCACAGGUGAAUACUGAUGAUACUAGCUUUUGGGAGGACAUGAGAGAGCUCCUGGCUACAGAGUUCUACCUGCAGCCAUGCCUAGGCACCUUAUCUCAGCUAAGUUAAGAAAGUCAAAGAUGGAGCACCCCAGCCACAGUCACUGUAGAGCUGUUGUCAGCAGCACUUCAGCUGCAACCCACCACUUGAGAAGAGCUUUCUCAGGCCUGGAAAGGAGCAUUCAACCUGCAGAGCGUUCUCUGCCUUUCUUCUGUUUCUCCCAGCUUUCUCCUGGAUCAGAAAUCUGGGAGUGGUCCAGCUCCUAUUUAAAUUAAGCUAUUUCAUUUGAGAGCUUCAGCAAACCCCCAAUUUAUAAAUAGUUUUUUGAUCUUUCCAUUUUGUAUCGCUACCUAGAAUACCCUGCUUUAAGUGUAGAGGUAUCCAGGCUUCAGUGUGCACACAGAUCUCCAGAGAAUAUGAAUGCUGUUCUAGGGGCUCUGUACUCAUCCUACUUGGUAUCUUUGGGCAGAAUAAGCAAAGGUGCCAGAGUCAGAACAGCAGCCAGAGGCUGUUCCAGGGAGUCUAGGAUAAGAUCUAUUAACCAAAUGCAAUAGCUGCUCAUGUAGCCCACUAAGUAGCUCACUCCAAAACUGUUACGUGGUUUAAGAUAUCCAAAGUGACUUGAAAUGGUUAAUGCUGUGUUAGUGCUUUAUGUUACCAACCUUGCUGUAUGAUGUAAGACUUCUCAGCCUCCACCGUCUGCUAUAAAUAGCACAUUCAGAAUAAGAUUAGCUGGAGCUGCAGUUAUCGGUUCAGAUACACAUCCUGAUCAAAAAUGCCUCCAGUUCUCAGCCAGGCUAGUAAGAUGUCAUUGUUUCACAGUUCAGUGCAGGAUCAACGACCAACACAGUCUGUGGCACGAACUUCAAACCUGCAUGCCCAAGCUGCCCCAGUGAGAUGUGUAGUACAGCUAUCUGCCUGCUGAAUUUCGUUCACGCCUCCUCCAUGCUUCUCUUAGCCUGUGCCUGUCAGAGUAUGUAAGUUCAGACCUUACUGGAAGUGAAUGAAGUGCUGGAAAUAGAACCCCAGUGGGGGUGAGACUGCAUGCUGAUUCAGAGAGACUGCAGGAGCUAUUUAAAUGAGGGGGCAAAUUCUCUGCUUUUGCAUGUCUAGGAUGAGUAAUCCUCAAAGUUAUGACUUGGAGGGAGCUGUAGCAACUCAGCCCUAAAUGUAAAGCUCCCUGCUAGGAGAAUGCUUUAGCAACCAUAUGUCUCAUGCUGCCCUUAACUGAGAGCUAAGCAUCUCUGCUCUAGGGAUUGUCUGCCCUGGCUGUAUCCAAGACUAAAAUUAGCACAGUGUUGCAUAAAUUGUUAGCUGUGAGUGGUUAGUGCUUCCUUGUCUGGCCUAUAGCAAGUUGCCCCCGUUUUAAUACUAGGUUCACUGUUUCCUCUGACAGGAGAUGAAACAGGAGACUAAACGCAGUGGAAGAGAACCAGAAAAGCAGAAAAUCUGUGGUGUUGGGUCUGUCUGAAGGCCUAUAAAGCAAUAUGGGAUGUUACUGAUUUUGGUAUGCUGCCUGGGGGUUCACAGCUUAAAGCAAAUUAUAGUGUUUUGCCCGAGCGGCAAACUGUUGAAGCAAUAUGCAUGAGAAGUCCAGGCUGAGUUUUAUUGCAGACGGGGGCACAGAAGAAGGUCUUAGGAAACAGCUGGAUUACUAAGAGAGCAAACAAUGAGACAAAGUAUUCAUAUGAAGCCAGUGCUGGCAGACUGACCAAGCCAAAGCAUGUGUUUUUGCUUGUCUCUUGGAUAAAUAAUUGUCUUUUCCUUAGAGACAUAGUGCAAGGCCAAAGGACGCAGCGCAGGAUAAGGUAUAGUUAACCCGUAGUGUUGUUACAAAUUUUUUUUAUGGGUUGCUCUUUUAUUUUCCUUUGGACUCCAGCAAGAUGAUGUAGAUUAGAUUUCUGUAAACAAAUAUAUUUCCAGGGUUCACAUGAUGGCAAAGUAUUAAGUGAUUUGGCCACAUCUUCAGCCAGAUGAUGAGAAUUAAUAGUACAUUCUGUACCCUUACAAAUAAAGGCAUGGAUGAGGAAAACAUAUGCGUAUUGAUCAGUUAAAUGAAAUUUCUGUUUAACGAAGCCUGCUUCUCUGUAAUCCACUUCUUACAUGGAAACCUGUUUAGGAUUAUUAGGCUUGUUCAUUUACAUGGCAUUUUUUAGGGGUUAAAAUGUGACAAUCUAAUAGGAGUUUAAUGAGAUGUUUUCUGUAAGACAUCUGAAAUAGUUGGGAGGAGAAAAUGCCCUAAACCCUUGCAUACCAUAGGUGUGAACUGUCUGCAUAUCCUCAAACCAAGAAUGUCCUCUCAUUUCUAAUAAUAUAUAUGUCUUGCUUAAAACUAACAGCUGUUUCUAAGGAUGACUAUUGUUCAGAUUCUAUAUAGUUUGAGUGAGACUGGCUGUUGUAAAAUUUAGGGAUUAAAUAUGAAUCUAGCCUAGACUGAUGGAGUAUAGGCCUGCCAGGGAAGGAACAUCCUUCAGUGCUCGUUCCUUCUUUGCACCUUGCAAUAAUGUAUGUCUUUUCACCUCAGCCUACAUCUCUCAGUGCCAUUUUACACUUGACCGCUUCUGGAGUGAAGCUUGCUGAUUUUGCCGAACUCUGUGCUGCUUUAGUAUUGGAGAAUAUCAGUAUACGUGGAAAAAACGAGGUAGGCUUAAGUAUCACUGACAGGAGUUAGGGUGUUCUAUAACCUUACAUUCAUGUGCCUGUAGAAAAUCUGGAAAUCAAAGGAAUAUGUGUUUAGUCAGAUGUCUGGUUGUAAAGAAGACUGUGUGUCUCCAGUACAAGGGUACGCCUGUAAGCCAGAAGGUCUGAGGAUGACAGUGAUGGCACAAGGAUAUAUUCAAACAGCUUUCAUGAUUGUUUAGGUCAGUUCACUGUUCCGUUCAACAACAAACUUGUUCCAGCCUAUAAUCACAGAACCAGUUAUUGUGAUCAUGCUAUGUAAAUGGCUAAGUGAAAGUCCGUAUGCAGGUAUACUACUGCCUUACGUGAGUCAGAGGUUCAGGACUCGAACCCAAAGGGAAGAAUAUGAUCAUCUAUUCCAAUUCCUGGUAAUUUUGGCAGUCGUUCUGGGAAAGACACUUGAGGAGGCUUCCACAGCUUUCCGUGAAAUGAGGUAUCUCUGCUUAGCUUGUUUUUCCCUCUUUUACAACUUCAAAUGGAAGUGUGGAAUGAAGUCCAGAGCUAAGCGUUGUGGCACGUGCAAUCAGGUGUCUUCACUGCUGUGCCAUUUUCCUUUUCUGUCCCAAAUGCCAGACCCUUCUGUUGGAUCUCUCAACAGAAGAAAUCAAAUUGCGUUGCAGAUCAUAAGCAACAUCAGAGGCUGGUGCCAGAUCUCUUCCCUCGUCACUGAAACAAUGACAGCUCUGGAGUGCAAUCUGCCCUUAAUAGUAGUUAGGAGAACGGCACAAAGUUUAAGGAGGCAAAACUUGCUUGGUUUGGCUCCAACCAUCUCCUUAACACCCACACAUUUUCCAGGAAGGGCUGUCAGAUCUUCAGUUUUGCAUCCUAGCCGGAACUUCCGCAGGUAAGUUUGCCUCAGCCACCAAGAAGUGCCUUCAGCAGCACAGCACCUCCUAUUGUUCUGUGAUAACCAAGCAUUUUCCGAGGAGAGCAGCCAUUACUAUGACUUCAGCAUCCUUUUCUAUGCUGAUCCUAUUUUUUUCAUCGAUUCCUAUUGAUACCUCUUGGUAUCAAAAGAGAUUUCUAGCAAUGUUCUAUAGGCUAGCAGACACCCUCUGCCCCCAACAUUAAAUUUGGUUAAAAAUUAGAUGUGGAAAUAACUUGUCAUAUUUGGUACUGUUAAAUUAUGUUUAAAGUGUUCCUUAAUAAAACCAUAUACUUUAAAAAGGCAAGUCUUCCAGACAGGAAAAGGUGUCCUGAUAUGAGACCACUUGGUCAUGUUGAUGUUCAGUGCAUUAGAAAACAAAACUAUUUAAACAAGUUCCACAUUGCUACAAAUUACAUUUUGUAUAUAUUCAAGUUAACACCUUCAGUGAAGUCCAAGUUGUAUGAUUUGGGUUUGUUUUUUGUUUAGGCUAUGAAAGAAAAAUAGGCUUCAGAAUCUUAUUUUUGUUAUAUUUUAAGCUUAUAUAAGACAAUAAACACUUUUAAAGAAAA